CCUCACUCAGGGACCCGAAUAACAAAAGGCAGGCGGGUGGAGGCUCACUCUCUGCUCACAGCCUGAAACACAGGGACCCCCAAACCUGCGGAUAACCCCCCCAAAACGGAGUACAGGAUCGGGGACCCCCAAACCUCAACCAGCCAUGAAAGCAGCUCUAGACAUCAAACCCACCUUAACCAUCAUCAAAACCGAGAAACCGGAGUAUGAGUCCUACCCGUGCACCGGUAAGUCAUCCUGGCACCUAACACCCAACCCACCGGCACUCCAACACCCAAAUCCCACCGGCACUCUAACUCUCAGCACUCUAACUCCCAAUCCCACUGGCACGCUAACACUCAACUCUAACUCUGAGCACUCUAAGAUGCAAUCCUACUGGCACUUUAACUCCCAGCACUCUAGCAGUUAAUUGCACCGGCACUCUAACUCCCAGCACUAUAACACCUAACCCACCGACACUUUAACACCCAGCACUCUAACUCCCAACCCCACCAGCACUCCAACUCCCAGCACUGUCAGAACUCUAAUACUCAGACUGUCUGCACUCUGCCAGCAAUCUAUUUGUCCUGUAGGUCUCCCUGCCGGUAUCCCGGGCUCUGCCGGGAGAUUAGUUCUGGGUCAGCGUUCGAAAUAUGUAUCAAUCAGCACUAACAUUCCAUUGUUUCCAUGGUGAUUGCUCUACUGUUAGUACUUUACCGCUAAACUGUGCGUGAUGUAGAAUUCUGGGAAGUAAACACAUCAAGAGGCUGGGAUGGAUGGAAUUAUUAUUAUUAUUAUUUACAUAGCGCCAACAAUGGUGUCUGUCUGUCAGUGAAUCUCAUGUCUGUGCUGUAUAUCUGUGUGUGUAUCUCUAUGCACUAUGUUUAUAUGUAUUAAUAGUCUGGCACUGCCAUGUGUGUGUAAUGAAAUCACCCACCUUGUUUCCCUGUGUGUAGUAUAUUCUGUAUUGUGUACAGGGACCCCCAGAUCAGUGCAGCCUCCCUGGGAGCUGGAAUUCACACAGAUCUGGCUUUUUGUGUCUUUGCAUUAGAAAAAACCCUUAUUUUGUGCUCUUUUUCCACCAUCCCUAUUUCUGCAGCUGCAGAUGAACAUCUGUCCUGCUGUGGUCAGAGUAGGGUGUGAGUUAUUGAGGCCCUAAUCCUGCUUUCCUCUGCCUCCCUCCAGCCACUCAUGGGUUAAAGGUGGCCUUAGGUCAGCGUUUAAACCGUGACAGAUCCGUUCCCUCAGUACAGAUGGGAUAUUCAUGGCUUGCUCAUUCAGCAAGGAGGGGCCCAACAUUUACAUACAGUCUCUCUGGCAGUUACAGGGUUAAGCAGCAUAUUCCAUUUAGGAUCAGAUCAGAUGAUAAACCUUCCUUGCUGUAAUUAGCUGCUGGAAAGGCAAUUGAUCUCCUUAUCUCCUGGAGUUGUUAAAAGCAAGCUCUGAACCUUUAUCAGGGAGUUUAUUAGAGGCCUGAUACUAAAAUGAUCCAUUGUUUAUAUACCCUGCCCCUGCUCCCCCAUCUGAGUUCUAAGCAAUGGCUGCAGCAAUGUCUAACAGGGAUAUUUAACCAUUUGUUCACCAAUGAUCUUAAAUGAAUAUGGAUUUGUUUCUAAAGUUGUAUUGCUUAUCAUAUGGCAGUAAUUUAAGAGUUUUUACCAUAUUUAUUUUUUUACAUACAUCCUGCUACCUGCCAGGGAUGCGUAUUAAAGUGUAAUGUGUAGUAAUUUGACUUAUUAUUAUAAACCGCCAUGUUCUAUAUUUGGAACAUCCAGUUGACGUGGCUGCUGCCUGGCAUUCGCUUUGGGUAUAUCACCAGGUAGAGGUGUGGGGGCUGGGGUCGUCUGACCCUGUAGCUCACUUUAUCUGUUUUAUUUCUAAAGAAUUAUUAGAAAGAUGGUGGAUAAGUGGACUGUCCUCAGGCAGAGUGAUGCUUGGGGGUAAUGUUUUAUCUCAGUUCAAAAGGACAUUGGGGGGGGAGGGAGGGGGAGGUUAUUCAAUAAACUGGGGUCAUGAAGAAUUUAUAAUGAAAUUACAGAAUCAAUGGCAAAACAGUGAGUUACCAAAAAUGAGAUUUUUUUCCAAUUUGGACACUUCACCCAAGUUUCCAUUUCCAUGACAAUUCUUGACAUUUCUAGAUAUAGUGUAUAACGCAUGACACACAGAGCAAUAUAAGCGCUCGGUGUUAUUACAUAGUGUUUAUGCAUGUGAAGGCGGAAAAGUCACAUUUUGAGCAGGAGAAAGUAAAUUACAGCAAUAAAAACUGCUUCUAUUAUUAGAUAUUUCUCUGAGUAAUACAGGAUCCUAUAUGUUGGUUAAGAGAUCAGCCGGUAAUUCUACUCCCCCCCCCCUUGUAAUGAAUCUAAAGGCUGGAGAUAAGGAGAUUACUGUAAUCUGAUUAUUCCUGUGAUAUUCUGAACACUUACUUCUUCUCUGAUGUCAUAUCGUCUCCUAUACCCGUUUAUCUCUAUACUGGGGGAGGAUCUGAGCAUCCAGUGGCUGCAGAUGUAAGAGGGUGAUGGCGUUGGCCCUAUUGUUCGCCAUAGGGACACCAUAGUAAGGCCCACAUUGUGCUUUAUAGAGUUGUUUGCUAACUCAGGAUUUUAGCAAAUAACAUCUGAAUGGAAAACUGAUCUGUAACUAACUGAGCUGAAGAAUAAUUACAGUUCAUAUUUUAGUUUUCUAACAUUUGUUUAAUGAAUAACCGCAGGUGUGAAUUUACAGACAGAUUGAUGAAUAGAUAGUUAAAUCAACUUUCUCAGAAAUGCUUCACUGGGUCCACUAAGCUUUUUUCCUUUUUUUUUAUUGCAUUUAGCGCUUACUGGUUUCUGCAUAGUGCAAUGGGGGAUAUCUUCUAGAUGUGGGACUGUGAAGAUAGCUUGUCUGUUUCUAGAUUGUGACUGAGAGGAUAGCUUGUCUAUUUCCAGAUGAGACUCUGAGCGUAGCUUUCAGCUUGUCUUUUUCUAGAUUGUCACUGAGAGAGCAGCUUUUCUGUUUCUAGAUUUAGGACCGAGAGGUUAGCUUGUCUGUUUCUGGAUAGUUAAUAGGCGAUAGUUUUCUUGUUUCUAGAUUGUAACUGAGAGGGUGGCUUGUCUGUUCUAGAUGUAGGACUGAGAAGAUAGCUUGUCUUUUUCUAGAUUGUAAAUGAGAGGGCAGCAUUUCUGUUUCUAGAUUUAGGACUGAGAGGGUAGCUUGCCAAUUUCUAGAUUGGAACUCUGAGUAUCAGUUUCUGGAUAGUUUAAUAGGCGAUUGCUUGCUUCUAGAUUGGGUCUGAGAGAAUAGCUGGCUUGUUUCUGAAUGAAAGAUGAAUAACAUUUUUUUAUUGGGAUUGAGAGUAGAACAUUUUUAUGUAAGCAGAAAGGGUCACUGGUUUUAGUUUGAAAUAGAUUUGUUUUUCUCCAGAAUUGUUCUAUAUAAGUAAUUUUGUGCAGUCUCUUGGCUAUAUACUUUGUGAUUUGUCCAUACAUGCUGUGUUGGAGACUUUCUCAAAAAUGAGCUUUGAGUCUUUGCCAAAAUGUGAGAACUAUGCAGUUUUAUACUAAAGUUACAAAGAAUGUUGUAUUUCAUUGAUAAAUCUUGCUGUGAAUAUACAGUCUGAGUCUCAAGUCAUUUACAGCCAAGUAGGACCUGUUCCAGGUUCCUAGUCAGGAGCUGUCCGACCCCCAUCACACCCUACUCAUCACUUCACGUAAUAGCACAGUAUUCCCUUUUAAUUGUCGAUCAAACUGUUUGGUUUUAAAAGGAUUCUCUUACUCGUUAAUGUAGUAAUUCUGCAAUUUUACAGGAGAAUCUUUCAUGCCACUAUCUUUGCGUUUAUCAACAUAGAGUGUAACGGCCCAUCAGAUAUGCAAAUACCCAUACAUUCUGCAAGAUUGGCGCUUGAUAAUGUGUAGAAAGCUGGCUUUUGGUAAUUAAGACUUUCAGUCUUAAAACAAACUGUCCAUUUUAUCGGCACGUAUGUAAACCCAUAAAAGUAGGGAUUAUUUGUGUUUGCAUAUGUGUAUCUGAUAAAGAACCUAAGUGAGGAGGACAUACUAAUGAGUCUGAUUAGGCGGUCAACUGUUAAGGGCGUUGUAAAAAAAAAAAAGAUGACAAAAGGCAUCACAUUUGUCCUACCUAGGUAAUAGCUGUCACUGAUGGGUGUAAGCAGGCCUCUCCUACUUCUGCAGGUAUUGCAUCACCGUGUGGGUUUACAUGGGGUUUGCCAGUUACAUCUCACCCAUGGUUAUUGCCGUGAUAAUCUGCAGGUGAGAUGUGUAGGUUAGUGAAAAAAAUGGAAUAUCCUCAUUCAAAGCAAAAAGAACAGUUUUGAAUGCUGAUAUAAACUGGGCAUUUAUAAAUAACAUUUUGCAAGUAUACACUUUACCAAAAACAAAAAAUAAGAGAGUCUAAGUGAAUACAAAAGCUGUUAAACUUUUCUCUGGCUGAAAAUUUAACUCAAAUAUAUCCCCUCGUGUAUAGGCUUUAUUCAAGAUGGCCAAAAUUAGGGGAUCUUCAAGAAAAUAGUUAGUGAUCAGAACUGCAAUUCUAUUUAGCAGAAUAAAGGGAGAUUGUUUGCAAAAAAGGUUGCUAAGAUAAAUGUUUACUACGGUAUGUGAACAUUAUUUGAGGCUAGCUGGUAUAGAUCGUAGGUUAAAGGAACACUAUAGUCACCUAAAUUACUUUAGCUAAAUAAAGCAGUUUUAGUGUAUAGAGCAUUCCCCUGCAAUUUCACUGCUCAAUUCACUGUAAUUUAGGAGUUAAAUCACUUUGUUUCUGUUUAUACAGCCCUAGCCACACCUCCCCUGGCAAUGAUUGACAGAGCAUGCAUGAAAAAAAAAACUGGUUUCACUUUCAAACAGAUGUAAUUUACAUUAAAUAAUUGUAUCUCAAUCUCUAAAUUGAACUUUAAUCACAUACAGGAGGCUCUUGCAGGGUCUAGCAAGCUAUUAACAUAGCAGGGGAUAAGAAAAUCUUAAUUAAACAGAACUUGCAAUAAAGAAAGCCUAAAUAGGGCUCUCUUUACAGGAAGUGUUUAUGGAAGGCUGUGCAAGUCACAUGCAGGGAGGUGUGACUAGGGUUCAUAAACAAAGUGAUUUAACUGCUAAAUGGCAGAGGAUGGAGCAGUGAGGCUGCAGGGGCAGGUUCUAUACACCAAAACUGCUUCAUUAAGCUAAAGUUGUUCAGGUGACUAUAGUUUCCCUUUAAGCUAUAUACAUAUAUUACCUACAUAGACAUACUAGGUACUUAUGUCUUAGUAUAAUGGUAGCUAGUUACAAUUAUCUCCUAAGAUACAAAGUUUUAUUUCACAGAAAGGACUUGCAGCAUAGAUUAAGAAAAAGCCUCUCUCCCUAAUCAGUCAGAGAUUGAAAAAGAGAAAGAAAGAGUUACGUGCUAAUUAAAAUUUUCCAUGCUUAGGUAUGCAUGGUAUGAUACACCAACGUGAUAGUGUUUGCCCUGUGAAGUGAAAAGGAUGCCCUACGCGUGUUUCGGUGCACAGCAUGUGCACCAUCGUCAGGGGUAAAAUAUACACUGACUGACUCAGAGUCACUUUUUUUUUUUGUAUAUUUAUUUUGAUUCAUAAAUCUAUGCUUUGUAAUCUCAGGCAGGGCAAUUAAUACAAAUUGUGUGAGGGGCAAAUAAGGCCGUAUAAGGAGUGUACAAAAAGUAGCAUAGUAUAGGAAGAGAAAAGUCUGUUGAGGUGUGCCGGAACCGACGACGCGGUAGUCCUGUAAUAAAAGAGGGCCCACACAUGAGGUGUAAUGAAAAGUAUAGAUAGAGGGAGUGCAGGGUGGGGACAUACGAAUCACUAAAGCACGUACAAGGCGGAGGAAGGUGAGUAGUGGGUUUAAAGAGGGUAACAUGCCCCUCUCACAACUGCAGGCCAAGCCUUUGCAUUUAUUUAUGCCUGUCUUGUUCACUUUUGAGGAAUUAGAAGCAUUAAACCCAUCUUUGCUGCAAUGGGAGGCUCCAUAUGUAACCCCCCAUUCACAGACUUGUUUGGAAAUUGUGGUUCGAUGCAAGCAAACUUGUGAAACUGAAUGAAACAUGCCAACAUUUCAUUUGACUAGAAGAUUAUGGGAAAAUGUAGUUUGCAUGAAAUGCCAUGUUAGUGCCUUUUCACAAGUCUAUAAUGCUGUCAGAAUGUAGUUUUAUUAAACACUCCAGGCCCAAUAACAACUUAAUCUCAAUGUGUGCCUUAUAAUGUUAAACCCCUUUUAAACGAUUUGACCACAACGUUUAUUUCAGUGUGUUGCCGUCUGACUAGCCCCUUUGCGUCUUCCUCUGGCGCUGGCUCUAGUGAGCAAGCAAUGCUCUUCGAUGCCAGUGAUAAGCUGAGAGUGUAGGCUAAUGUUUCCAGCCCACCAUCGCUGUGCAGCUUUUACACAGUAUAUAUUGUCAUUAUGUUCUGCUACUGGUGACAUUACUAAAGCGGAAAAGGUUUAAUUGUAAAACUGAAAGAACACUUAAAUAAUUUAUAAUGAAAAAUGACCACAACAAAUAUAGAUAUUUUAAGUGCUUGAUUGCAAAAGCUCUUAUCUCGAACACAGUUCCUCUUAAGCCGGUUUUUCAUGUUGCAGCAAGUUAUUUGUGCAAUAAAACUAGUUACUGAACGCUAUAUGCCAAUCUGUGCUGACGUUAAGUGUCUGACGAGUUGGUUAUAUCUGUCCCAAUACAGUUCAGAUUGCCAUAGGGAAUAUCCAGUCAUUUUGAUGACACAGGGGGCAAUCACGGCAAAGAUUGGAGACUGCGCUGACAACAUAUGGACCUUCAGCUCUUGUGGCCUGUGUUUCCUAUGACACCUCUGAUUGCAUGAGCAUUAUGGUAAAUGUAGUAUGUGACAGCCAAGGUUCAGCCAACAUUUCUCUAGAUCAGGGCUGUGCAAUGUUUUAAAGGGAGGGCAACAGACUGCACAGCAAAUUAGGUUUGUGGCUGGGUUUAUGCUACAUUGGUUUUCUGUCCUUUAAAAGGUCAGAAGGUCAGCUUUAGGCCCAAGGGCCGCCAUAUAUGGUUUAUCUAGAUAAUCUAGAAUUCUCUACCAGGCAGUGUGAUCUGGAAGUCAACAUACCCCAAAUCUAUAUCAAUGUUUCACACUUACUGUAAGAAAUGUGUUUGUCUUCUUAUCAAUACAAUAAUUAUUAUGGUUUAGGUAGAAAUAUUGAUUUCUAUGGUGGUGCGUUCAAUUAAAUGAUAUACUUGUAUAUCAUGGAAUACAUUGUAUGAUAUAGUAAAUAAAUAAGACAAGUAUAUCGUAAAUAAAUACGGUAUUGAAUACAUCGUAUGAUAUAGUAAAUAAAUAAGACAAGUAUAUUGUAAAUAAAUACGGUAUUGAAUACAUUGUAUGAUGUAGUAAAUACAUAUAUAUGUAUACUAUAAAUUCUUGCAAUGGAUAUUUUGUUACUGAUGUGUACGGGCCGUGUAUAAUGUUUUCAGAGAACAUUGAUUGAAUUCCCAAGAGUCUUCAUUCUUGGAAGUCGCCCUGGCCAGGACAAUAGCGGCUAAAAAAGUCCAAAUUUUAUGUAGAUCCAGGAAGUGGAUAAUGAAUUCUUGCUCUCUGACCUCAUCUGCCCUUUAUCUCAAUGAGACUUAAUUAGAUUAAUUAGAUUAUGUUAUAGUCUUUGUGUGUUAAUUCCAAUUAAAUUGGAUUAUAGCCCAGGUGAACACCAGAAGAAUAAGCCCCCACCCUUAUCUUUCAACUUGUUUCUUCAAAGCUGGGAUUUUUUUUGAAUGUAGAGAGCGUUUACCUGCCCACACACAUGCUGAGUGGAAAGCACUUUUAGUGAAACUAGAGUUGAGUUUUUAGGUGUAGUGUGGUUAACAUUUCGUGUUAAUAUGCUCAGCUUUUUGUACUGCUUAUUAAUUAAGAUUCACUGGCCGUUUAAAUCGAAAGAGCCAUACGAAUCUUUUACUAUCUCAUUCUAAGCACAAUUCUUUAAAUAAUAGUUUUUAGAACAUUAUAGUCAAAGGAUUGUAGAAUGAAUACAAUUUAAUGAUGCUGUUUACUGAUUGCAUGUGUUUCCGUUCCUUUCAUUUACCCAUUCUGUUCGUUUUAUAAUUGUAUAUUAAAUAUAUUAUUCUUUUCAGCUGAACUAUGAAUUGCAAACUUUAUUCUCAAAUAAUUAAAAAAAAAGUGCAUCUGUUGUCCUAAAAUCUCUUUUGUCACAUCUCUAAAAUCCCCAAUCUCGUUGAAUACAUCUCAGUUGCCCUUAUUGGGAGUUUGAUUGGGCAUCUCCAAUAGUGAAAGAAGAAUUUAUUUCAUUUACGCCCCAAAAUUGUCAUGUCCGACUGCGUCUUAUUAAAACCCUUUUGUUUUAGCCACUUCAUUACCAAGUUCUUAUUAUAAUUCUCUCACCAGUUCACCACCUUCCAUUUUAAUGAAUAAACCUCUCUGUGAAUGUGUUGUUGACCCUGACUCGCUCGUCUAUGCCAAUGAUGAGCCAGUUGAGAGGACAUCCACAGUGUCCAGUUUAGUCAUUGCUGGUAGUAGAGGGACACUCCGGACUCCUAUCACAUUUUAUCUUGCUGAAGUGCUUUAUGUGUGAAGUGUCUUCUUUUUGUAAUUUUAUAAAAAGUGCAGAUUUCAAUAGAAACUGUCACUUUUAUUAAUGAACCUUGUUAAACCCCCUGACUAUGAAUCCGACACCCGGUCAUGUUACUUCCUGGUUUGGUUAGCUCAAUGGAGCUGCUUCAUGAGGCAGCAAUUGCCCAGAGCACUAGACUUGUAAAGACUUCUCAUUGAGCUGCAUUGGGAAGUCUGUGAUUGGACAGCCGCAGAAAGUCAAGGCGGGGUUAAAAGGGGAGGCAGACUAGAGAUCAAUGCAACAAUGGCUGCAGACUAGAGAUCUGCAGCUUUUGUAAGCUAUAUUUAGCUUUACAUCCAAUGAAAAGUACAUAUUUAAAUGCAUGCAUGUUUUCAUUGGGGUACAUGUUUUAUUAUUUAUGGUAUUUGAGCAGUGAGGUGUUACUUUAAAGGGGCUCUAUCACCAUCUGAAGUUUGCAUUAUUUGCAAAGACACCCAACGGUGACAUCGCCGCUGGGUGCAAAGGAAGGUGGGUUAUAUUUACCUGAAAUAAAGGAGAGGCAUGUGCAGCUACCCCAAAUAAGGAAACAAGUAACAAUGUUUUUUUUUAAUUUGUUGGUAAAAACUAAUGAGAAGCAGUGUACAAAAUGUCACAAGAGCCGCAGGAUAGUAAUUACUCACUCCAGAAUGGCAGUAUAUGUGCUCCAAGUUCUUGCCGGCAGCAAUUGUCUCCAAUUCUGAAUAUUCUCACAAAAAUAGCAAUAUCACCCUCAAAAGGACUUAAUGGGAUAAAACGAAGCGGUAUCUGGAGAACGAGUAUCCUCGUAGAGCAGAUUUAUCACAAUAUCACGAACAUGGCAUGCUCACCGUAAUAAGCCGAAGUGAUAGGAGUUGUAACUGAAACAUUUCUGCUCUGGGCAUCAAAAAAGAAAGAAGAGGGGGACAAACCAACCACAAAACUAAAUAAACCUCAGAACUGAUUGAGUUUCACGUCACUACUGGACGCCUUUUCUUUUUUCUCGUUGACAAAGCAUUCAGUGAAACGUGUUCUGUUGCCAGUUUCAUAUUUUAUUUUUUUUUUGUUUGUCCUCCCACCCUUUUUUUUGAUGCCCAAAGCAGUGAUGCCAUGUUCACAAUAUUGUAAUAAAUCUACACUACAAGGAUACUCGUUCCCCAGAUAUCUCUCAUUAAGUUCUUUUAAGUGCAGUAAUGGUAUUUUUUGAGAAAAUACUUACCCGAACCUGUCCCUCGUGGACACUGCCACGAUUUUCCGUCCGAUCCUCUUUAGCGCAAGGCUUUCACUCCGCCUAAUGUCAAGCAGAGGAAAAAUACUGAGACUAAGUAGUCCCUACCUUGACUUAGUAAAUCAUUUGACUGGGUUGGAAUUUCAGUGAAAUUCGAAUACAGUGAAUGUGAAAGAUUUUAAUGAAAUUAAAUUAAUCAUUCUGGGGGGAGGGGUGACAGAGUCGCUUUAUCUCUGCUGAAUGAACAACGUAAAAUAAAAUAUCUAAGCUGACGAAUUAAACGUUAUUCCAAAUAGUUUAAAUGUUCUGAGAUCUGAUGUCUGCAUUCUUAUAAAAAGUCUGACAUGUUUGUAAGCGUUAAACAAAUCAUCUUGCUUUUUGACUUAAUAUUUCUAGGGACAAUUCUGCAUGUUUUGUCUCUGUACACCUGUAUCACAUACGGUGCAUCACGGUACGGUGUUGUUACAUUCUGGGGGUUAUAUAAACAACAGGAGCUACUGGGGGAAACUUGUAAAAGUGGAGCAGUUUCAGGAGCCCUGCAUUGGUUUCCAUGGUUACUGCCCUAUUUCUUUAGACCUGUGCCCCAGAGUUGCUGGCUAUACAGAGAAGCGAUUGUGGUGUUUCUAGAUACUUACUUUCGUGAGGGUGAACAGCACAGUGUGUGUGUGAUGCAGAAAAUGUUUGUGGUGUGAAUGUUGCACGCCUGAAUACCGCUAACAUCACCGGCCAAUGAAGAAUGUUACCCGGUGGUGGCUGCAUGCGUGAUGGUGGGCGCAUAAUGUAUAUAUAGUAUCGGUCACUAUGCAGAUAUACAGCCUGGUAUCGAAGGACUAGUAGAAAGCGUCUGUUCCUUUCUGUCUCACUAUCCAGGAAGCGCAUUAUCUUGUUCCCACAGCUGACGUUUUGGUGAAAGGCUGCCUCCUCUGUCCAUGAAGCUGUGAUAGAUUUAGAACAUGCAGCGACAUUCAUUUAUAUAGUUAGGUUUUAUUAUAUUGAUAAUAUUUUUAAUAGAUUAACCCCUCCCAGCAAUAUAGGAGCAACGUCUUUACUCCACGUUGGCAGAGAACCAGAUUUCGCUACCAGGAGGCCCUUGGCAUUGUCAAAGACUUUGCAGUCUGCCACUUACCUGAGUGCCCGGGUGCCUUCAAUCUGGUCCCUUUUACAAGUGGGACUUCCUACAUGUGCAUUAGUGACAUCAAUGAAGUCCAUAUUUGGACAGAAUUCAUUGGCCACAAGGGUCUGGUGAACUGGAAAUACUUUAGAAUUUGGCUAUUUUUGCACAGAUUUGCAGUUCUUGUGUUAAUACUCCGUUAAGUGCAUAAACCUGUGGUUUGUGUUGGUGCUUUGUACAGUCUAUUUAGCCUUCACUACGUGCUUCACAAGCUGCUUUAAGGCCAGAUACACACAUCGUUUUAACCCAGAUCUUUCUAGUACAUACAGCUACUAAUGCCUGGGGUUUAGACUCAAGUGAUAAAUCAUUUCAGGUUAAUUCUCUCUUAAACUUUGGUGUUUAUUCACUAACAGGGAUUUUGACAUACUGACAAGGGAAUAGCAAAUAAUUGAUAAACAGUAAAUUCUUCAACGCUAUUUUCAAGUGUGAAUAUCUUGGCCUAAAAUGUGUGAUUCUUUGUCCUUCGCCGUGAUUUGUGUUUAAUUAAUACAUUCUGAAAUGGGAGGCGCAAAACGUAUUUCAUGAAACUUAAACUUUAUCCCAUUGUGCUAAAAACUUACUGAUCAAUAUUUUCUAUCCCAGACUGCGUUACCUUGGAAUGUUGGGGUCCUAAUGCUGUGAAGGGGAUCUGAGUUAUGGUUUUAGGGACCGUCGUGAGAUUUGGUUGCAUGUUUAAGGUGCUCCCUAAAAGCAAAACAAAAUAUUUAUUUGUCUUAGAGAGAUAUUGACUUUUAUUUACUAAAAAGUGAAUUUCAAAUUUAAUGUCAAAAUAGCCAAACUGGAAAAAUCCUCUAAGUCAACUCCGCUUUCAGUUUGACUGAUUUGGCCUUAAAUUAGAAAUUCUCAUUGAAUGCACUUUGAAAUCUCACUAGUGAAUUACUCUGCAAAUAUUUACUGCGUUUGUGCUGAUGCUAACCGUGUGUCGAUUGCAAUAAUUGUAUUCAUCAUCCUGAGUGUUUGUUUAUUUUGGCAUUUUCUCUCAAAACAUUCCUACGUAUUGAUCUGUCUAAUGUCUGUGACUCGGCUGUGAAUGAAUUUUCUGCAUUGGAACCCAAAGCUGCGUUGGAUCACAAAGCAGCAUUAUUUCAGCGUUAAUCGUUGUCAUGAAGGCCACACACCCAGAAACAUAUUUUGCCAAAAUGGAUUUUAGUUUUUCGAUAUUUCUUGAAGUAUAUGUUUUUUUUUUUUUGCAUGUGUGUAAUUUGGGUUAGACGUAGACUCAUACCCAGCAGGGCCUGUUGGUUUUGCAGACAAUGUGGUCAGAUGUAGCAGGCUGCACUAGCUGAGCCCUUUAAAUAACGGUUUUUCACACCUCUUGCUGCAGCUGUGAGCUUGCCUUAUGAAAUUCUAUCUGCUUAUACCUUGUGCUGGAUACAUGUAGCUCAUACACUAACAGGGGUCUUUAUAUCAUUAUCCGUCACACAGUGCUCAAUGAAUUGACAUGGGAAAUCACUGGAGUAAAUUUAGCGGACCGGGUUUGCACAAAGUGUCAUUUUGGAGCAAAGUUCUAAACGUGGAGCAAUAAGUAGGAACAUUCCACUGGUUUCCAUGGUGAUUGCGCCAGAUUAUAAGCCCCGCAGUGUGCCUCGUGCUAUCAUGCCUUCAUCGUUCUCCUGCUCGACUUGUCUUUACCAGUUGAUAUUGUUUUCUAAUUGAUUCUGGGUGUCCUUAUGGCGGUUCUGUGGGUUUGCUCAUGGUUCCGGUCUAUGUUGAUGCUGCCUGUCUCUGUUAAGGGUGACUGUCUCUGCUGAUGCUGCCUGUCUCUUCUCAUGGUGCUUGUCUUUGCUCAUGUUGCCUGUCUCUGUUGAUGCUGCCUGUCUCUGCUCAUGGUUCCUGUCUCUGUUGAUACUGCUUGUCUCUGCUAAUGCCGCCUGUCUCUGCUGAUGCCGCCUGUCUCUGCUGAUGCCGCCUGUCUCUGUUAAUGGUGACUGUCUCUGUUAAUGGUGACUGUCUCUGCUGAUGCUGCCUGUCUCUGCUGAUGCUGCCUGUCUCUGCUGAUGCCGCCUUUCUCUGCUGAUGCCGCCUGUCUCUGCUAAUGGUGACUGUCUCUGCUGAUGCCGCCUGUCUCUGCUGAUGCCGCCUGUCUCUGCUGAUGCCGCCAGUCUCUACUAAUGGUGACUGUCUCUGCUAAUGGUGCCUAUCUCUGCUAAUGGUGACUGUCUCUGCUCAUGGUUCCUGUCUAAUGGUGCCCAUCUCUGCUGAUGUUGCCUGUCUCUGCUGAUGCUGCCUGUCUCUGCUGAUGCUGCCUGUCUCUGCUAAUGGUGCCCAUCUCUGCUGAUGUCGCCUGUCUUUGUUUAUGUCACCUGUCUCUGUUAAUGCUUCCUGUCUCUGCUGAUGCUUCCUGUCUCUGUUGAUGCUGCCUGUCUCUGCUCAUGGUACCUGUCUCUGUUGAUGCUGCCUGUCUCUGCUCAUGCUGCCUGUCACUACUUUGUCCUACAAAUUAGUGAACAUGUAUAACAAUAUAAAUAAUAAUAAUAACAACAACUGUAUAUUUUACUAGCUUGCUGAUCUGUUGUGUUGGAAGAGGGCAGAACUAUGGGGAAUUCAUGUUUUCCAUUUUCCCCCUCAAAAUGAAUAAAUAAAAUAAUAUCUCUGCUUUCUGUAUUCUUGUACUCGAGCUGCUUGCUGUGUCUCUAACUAUAUUGCAGCAUGUUACAAUGUGACUAACAAUGUAUGUGUGAAAUGCAAUGCAGUUAGCCCUAUCCAGGUGAUUGAAGCACAGCACACUCACUAUGUGUCAUUUGCUGCUUUGGGGCAAAUAUUCCAGUAACCCCAUUUAUUGCCAGUAAUAAACCAUUCUCAUCAUAUAGAUACUGAAUGGUUCUCACUGUAUUUUACACGCAUUUAGUCAUAUGAGGAAUUCCGUAAUGAUGAGGCAAUGCAUGCACUCAGAGAGCGAGCAGGCUGGAUGCUCUGUUUAUCUUUGAAAUAUUUCUUUGUGGUUGGUUCAGAGUUAACUGUCUGUAAAGCCAAGUCCCUCACUUUAGUCUCAAUAGAGAGAGCAUCAAGGCUAGUGUCUCAUAGCAAGAGACAGUCAGAUAAAAAGAGCCAAGUGACAGUCAUUCUGAGAUUGAGACAUUUUUAGCCUGGUUCUAUUAACUAAGAUUACUCUUCUUCACAAUUCCAGUGACUCCCAGCCUAAAGGAUGGCUGGUGGUAGUGAGAACAUCUGAGCUGACAAUAUUACUGUUUAGAUUAUGGGCCAUUGAAAGUGAUUUUUGGAGCAAUAAUUGGAGACUCGCUCUAGAUGCUGGAUGUUUAAUGAUAGCUUGUGCAGGAUGGUGGGGUCAGCUUUUACAAAUGUGCGGCCAGUGCUUUCUAGUGACUUCAAUGUAACAAUGCCAUCAUUUUACUUACCCUUCCGGUAUUACCAAUAUAUACUCUUUAUUUAUCCUGGCAGACCCAAUUGAUGGCCUUUAUUUUUUUUAUUUUUUUUUAAAGGGUUGCUGUUGUAACUUGCUAUGGUAUAUGUUGGCAUUUUAUAAAGCAUAUGAUUGUAUUUCAGUUUUACCCAUGUGCUCGUGGUGCCCAGUUAUAGAUGGGCACUGCUCUUUCAAACUGAUAAUUAUAAUGCAAAUUAGUCACGUUCUGUCCUGUUGAAAAAACCAAGCCAGAAUAAUGUAAAAUCAGGAGAUAUUUCUGUGUGCCAGUGUCAGUUAUUUACUGACAGUUGCAACUGAAAGUUGCAAGAAUCAACAUUUAUAUCUGUUUGUGCUGAAUUUUAAGACCCACGAAUUGUUUGUUUAUAACAUUUGCCAAAAUAUUUCAGUCGAUACAACUUGAAACAAUUAUCCUGGAGUGCACUGUGGGGGUUCCUGGGGCCCCGGGCUCUAUUUGGCUGCUAUGAUCUCUGCUGGAGUGACCGGCUGGGGGGAUAUGCUCAAAUCUCCUAUCAGCAAGGAACACAUUAAGAUCUCACUUUAGCCAUAUAUUAGAUACUGUACAGUAUCCAUACCUCCCAAGUGGCCCUUGUUAGGAGGGACAGUCCCUAUUUCGGGCCCAUCCCAAAGUAUUACUGGUAGUAUUGCAGUUUGUACCAGUGAUUAACCGGCAUUCCUACCACACUCUUUGGUUCUAUCCUCGUCCAAACUGUACAAUAAAUCAGUGCCUCUCAUUGUCCCUGGUUAUCUGUUGUCAUGGCAACCUAACACCAAGGCUGGCCAAAAGGGUACAUCUCCGGGCUACUGUAAAAUAUCUCCCAUAAUGCUUUGCCAACAGUACUUCUACAGAAGUGGAGGACAUACUUUUUAAAUUUAAUCCCUGCAUCAUUCAAUUUUUAUUUUAAUUGCCCUUUGAAUAUUUACCAGUGUGUUUGUCUUUAAAAGGACCUUUUCACUAAGCAGUGACUAGACUCGACUCGACUGCUGACUUGACCCAAACUUUGCAGCAAGUUACUGCAACUCACUUUGAAGCAAAUCACCCUCCUUGUGUGAUGUCCAGGACCUCAUAUCCUAUAAAGUAACCUUGGCACAACUCCAACACUUAUUCCCCUAUUACCCUCCUUGUGUGAUGUCCAGGACCUCAUAUCCUAGAAAGUAACAUUGGCACAACUCUGACGCUUAUUCCCCUAUUACGCUCAAAGCUGACCCCACUCCCUGUGUCCUGUUACAGUGUAUGGAACUUACUCUCUCCCGGCUUUGUGGUAUUUGCAGAGAGGACAUGUUGAGACUCUCAGGCGACAUUUGUUUGGAAUUUUUCCCACAUGUCUAAGGCAUGUUUUGGGAAUAUGAUAAAAGCAUGUUGAAGUGGCAUGAAAGGGGCGUUGGUGUGAGUGUGAAGCCAUCGCAGUGCGCCUCGGCCUGUGAGAAGAUUUUCAUGUUUAGGGAAGCUUCCCUUGGGGAGCAGCACUGCAGGGCUGUGAGAAAAAAUUCCUCCAUCAAGUCAGCCCUUAGAACUGUAAUCACUUCCAUAUGAAGGGGGCACCACUGGGGGUGUGAGAAAUUGGCCUUCCCUGAGUGGUUUGGUGCGAGCGGGCUGUUCACAAGCAACAUGGAAAAAAGGAAGGGAAAAUAAAUAAAAUAAAUGUUUAGAUUUCUUUAACCCGUGUGCAGCUGCAGAAUCUUGCGGCACACAUCGCCAUAAAGGGUCCCAUAUAUACAUUCCGCAUAGGAGUUUGGUUCCCACAUAGGGAAUGUGUGCGAACACCAUGUGUCUGCGCGGGGGGGAAGGCGGGGAAUCUGUGCGUGAGGGCUGCGGGCCUAGGAGGAGGUUAAUCAGGCAGUGUGGGAAUAUUUGGAAAGUGCAGUCAGUUUGGCUGCAGAACGCAGAGAUGUGAUUUAGCUCUCAUGCACGUCAUGACGAUGAACUAGGACCGUCCCUUCUGGUGGUCUUACAUUACACUGGAGUGACUCAGUUUCUAGAUGUGGAGAGAGCGGACAUUAACCAUACCGUAUCUGGACACAGUAACUGAGCAGGAUUUUCUAACUUGCACUGGAAACAUUUGCUUUAUAGCCAGAUGGAUAUUUGAAACUUAGGGGAUAAAAUCUGCAAAGUAAAAUUACCCUUCUUCUUACUCAGAGUGAGAGACUAACGCCAAUAAAGACCACAUCAUAUUUGUCUAAACUAAUUUCUUUAUCCCUGUAAGAAUUGCAACAUUCGGAAAUUGGAACGAUCCCAACAAAAACCUGGGGAAUCUUUCUGAUAAUUCCAUCAGUGUCCAUAGUACAUACCCCACAUUUAGAAUAUUUAGCAUUCUGUAGGUUUCCAUGGCUACUGCUCCAUUUUUAGAACUUUGCUCCAUUGCGUUAACCGGUACCUGUCUGGAAGAUUGGUUAGAAUUCAGGGCUUUUCUGUAAUUGACACAAUAAAAGCCAAUUCUUUACUCUUUAUACAUUGUGCUAGGAAGCCGGCAUCCAAAAGUGGUUUUAUAAGGGAUACACGCUAAUGUAUGUUCAUCCGAUGAUAAAUUGUAACAGGUAAUAGUUACAGCUGUGGGCACUUAGGGUUUAUCAAGCUCUGAGAUAAGUCUAGUUUUGUUUGAACAUCGUCCCAGUGGAGUUUGGCCAAUAAAGGUGUGAAGAUAAUCCAUCUUCUCACAUGCAUUUAAUGUUAGAUCCUGUGCAGAGAAUAAUGAUAGCACCUGCGAUUCAAGGAAGAGGACAGAGAUCAUGUUUUAGAGUUCAAUGAUAUGGCUGUGUCUUAUCACCGAUAAUACCCACAUACCUAGUAUAACCAAUAAUGUGUCCUUGCUCUGGUAUAAAGAGAUUUGUUUUGAAAUAGUAGAUUUAUCCAAUCAAUUUUUAUCCAAGACAAUUCUACUUUGGACAAAUAUAAGUCUUCCAGAAGCCGUAGCACAUCACAGUGCAGCCAUGUUUUAGGAUGAUGACAUUUGGGAGUUCUGAAUUUCAAUAAAGACUUAAACUAACAAGACGUUCGUGGUGACGUCAAUAGUGUCCUUGUGAUCAGGGUGGAAUUGAUUAUAAAUUGUGCUUUUCACAGUUAAUAUUUUGCUGUCAGCUGCCAGUAAUAUUCUUUCAUUAUUAUUUAUAGCAGCAGUGUUUUACAGAAAGGGACGUUAAAUGCUGUAGUACAAGGAGCCAGCACAUGGAUGUAAACCGGUCGCACGUUAUUAAUAAUACUAAGAUCUCUACUUCUGUUAGUGGAGGAGGAUAUAAAGACUGUCGAAUGGUGACUCGAUGCUGCUUCUUCGUCACACGUUGAGCUCCGGUGACAGUCACUGCAGCCAUGUUUACAUGUAUUUGUGUGUAUGUUUAUUUACCGUGUAUCUGGCUGUACAUAUAGUGAUACCAUUAUAUGGAGUCCAGGCAUUUUGUUAUUGUUAUAUGUAGAGCCAACAUAGUUCAUGGUGGUUUACUGUUAAAAUAUAAAAAUAAAAACAAAAACACAUGACCACCCCCAUUCCUCUGAAUUUAACCCCUUUCGAUCCAGGGGUAUUUAAAUACCAUGUUACGGUGACAGUCCUUACAUUUUCUUGGUCUUGGAGUACCUAAAGGGUUAACAUUGGAAGUUAGGUGAGAACCCUCCUGCUUCAUACAUCAGGGAAGGGGUUUGCUUUUACCCUAUCGGCAUCGCCCGCCUGUCAUUUGUAUGUUCUCCUUGGAGCUGCUGUGAUAAUCCGCUGUAACGUUUUGGCUAAUGUUCCCUAAUCCCCUCCUAGCACUGACAAGGAAAAGACCACCCGCUUGUUUCCAAGCCUGGAAUCUGAUCCUCCUUGAAGUCAGGUGGCCGCCUCGCUACCGCUGCAUGGCAAAUUUACUUUGUAUCAAAGAGUCUAGAUUAAGCACCGCCAUGAGUUAUCGGUUUAAUGUAAGUUCCUGUUUGUUUAUUAUGGGGAGAGGCGUUCACUAACAUCAGUUGUCAGAAAUUAAAAAAUAAUUAAAAGUAUAAUUGGAAUAUUAGGCUGAAACAGCUGAACUAGAAUAAUUCUUUAUGUGAGCUAAAUUUUCAGCUUGUUUCUUUUGGGUUUAGUUCCUUAUUAAUGUGAUUGUUAUUAUUUAUAAAGCACCAACAAAUUCAGCAGCGCUGUACGAUAUUCCCUGAAAACCUUAGCUGUGAUGCUACUGAUGGCUAUGGUUUUAAUAAGGGACUACACUGCGGGUCGGGGUUCGUACCUUGGUCACUCACUAGUUUGGCACAGAAAGCUGAUCAUUAUGAUUGAUUGAUGAUAUGAUUGAUAAAUUCAGCCAUUGCUACAGAUCAUUCCUGUUUGAAACCAACACGGUGAUCGUCUAGAGGGAUUCACAGAGCAAUGGUAUUGAAAUGGUUAAUAAUCUCACUCUAUGGAUUCCAGUCAAAAGUAAUUGGUUUCUAAGAUAGGGUAUGGCUGGAGGUGUGUCCAGGGGCGGGGCUAUUUCAGGACAUUUAAGGUGACUACAUGAUCUAAUGAUAAACAUUUACGGAACUGAAAAUGUAAUUUAAAACAGGAACAAUGUAUCUUAUUUACACAGAUUGAUUUCUAAACACAUUUAUUGUAGUUUAAAGACAUUACUGGGAUUACUGUGGCUCUGUUAUACACUCAGACACAUUACUGGGAGUAUUAUUGCUGUGGAGCUCUGUUAUACACUCAGACACAUUACUGGGAGUAUUAUUGCUGUGGAGCUCUGUUAUACACUCAGACACAUUACUGGGAGUAUUAUUGCUGUGGAGCUCUGUUAUACACUCAGACACAUUACUGGGAGUAUUAUUGCUGUGGAGCUCUGUUAUACACUCAGAUACAUUACUGGGAGUAUUAUUGCUGUGGAGCUCUGUUAUACACUCCGACACAUUACUGGGAGUAUUAUUACUGUGGAGCUCUGUUAUACACUCAGACACACCAACAAUAUAGAGCUCCUAGACAUAAGGAUAGAAAAGAGGGCCAGAGGGAUUUGGCCCAAAAUAGGGACUGUCCUUCUAAAAUAGGGACAAUUAGGAGGUAUACCUAAUAAAUAAGUAAAUGAAAGCAGAAGUUUAAAUCUACAUCCCUCGGGCUGUUAAUUAAAUUCCAAUGUCAUCUAAAGCUGGCAGAGAUUGAUGGGUGUUGAUUUACAUUGCAUUAACAGGAUUUCACCCAGAACUGAGCAGGUUUUAUGAUGUUACAAUUACUCUAAAUGGUGAAGAACUGUGUAAUCACCGAAUAAGAAUAAAUAAUGUGCAACAGUAACCCUUUUAGUGCUUUAUGUCCAGCCCCUUGUAGGGUUAAAUGUCCCCCCACCCCCAGCCAUUCCUGAGUAAUUGGAAGCCUGGAGAGUCAGAGCACAUUAUCCCAAUAACAUUCACUAGCCCAGAUAUUGCACAACUCCCAGCAAGUGUCCUUAGGAGUCUCCUGCACUCAGCUUUCUGUUUAUGAGAGAGAUCGGAGGUGAAAUGUCUUGUGAUGUCAGACAGUAUUUAAAUCUACAGAUAUGCACCCGCAGUCAGCAUAGAGAGAGCAUACAGAAAUGAGGAGAAAUGAAACAAUGUCUGUCGUUCUCCCCUAUGUUAGCCGUGUGCCCCCUGUUUUGAUGUAAAUAAAAUGUUUCUGAUUAGACCUGUAACCUCUGCUCUUGUCAUGUUCCUGGUGUGCAUUAAAUGACAGGUACCCUCUGAUCAUACACUUCUAAACACCGAGUGCUCAGUAUAAAGCAGUUUCUUCUUUUCUGCAUCAGAACACACAAACCAAGUGUGACUGGCCAGAGGUAAUUCUUUUUAUCUUGGAUUACAAAUAUGUUCCUUCAAGGCCUUCCCCCCAUCCACCGCGCAGGAAACCCAACACGUACAAAAAGUAAUGGGCUAGCUAUUUUAACAAACAUCCCUUAGACAACCUUAGACAACCAGAAAUAUGUAUCCAUUUGGGAAGCAAUACUUCUUAGUGUAAGUGCUGUUUAUAAAGAGUUUCUCAGAUGCCUUUACCUGAUCAUUCUCCAGAAUGUCCUAAUCAUGCCUUGGGGGCAUAUAAGGGGCCUGGGACAAAAGUAGGGGGGCAGUUAUUAAACGUGUAUAUAUGUAUACACACACUCAUACAUACACGAAGCUUGACAAAUUCCAGGUUGCCAUAGUGACUAGACAUUUCGCCCUGGCGCCUGGCAUAUGUCAGCCCUUUGCUAAGCCGCGCAGGAAACAUUAAAGCCGGCCGCCGCGGGGAGCAUGGAGGCGGCGUGCGAGGGAGCAGUAACCUUCCUGCAGUUAAUCUCUGCUCCCUUACACGCUGUUUAGUGACAUGACGUCACUCUAGAAGAUUGAGAGGAGACACACUGGACGCCAGGGAAAGAUCCACUCAGCUUUACCAGGGAGGCUGGGUGGAUUUAAAUCAAAAUAGCAAUUUGUGAGUGUGAGAAAAUGUGUGUGUAUGUGUCUCAGUCACUGUAUAUCUGUCAGUGUGUGUCUUGGUCAGAGACUGGGGGCGGAGCUUGUGUACACAGAAGCUGCUGCACACUGGCGGAACUAACGUAGAGUGGGCCCUGGAGUGAGUGGCCCCCUCUGUACCCCCCCUGCGACGCCCUAAUUGAAUAAGGCCAGACUGAAUAUUAUUUUAAAAGAUCAAGCACCAACAGGUAUUUUGAGUUUGUUUGAGAAACCUUUUCACACAAGGGAUCUCUUAUUUCUAGAACUGCUGUUUUUCCAUAGAGAAGGUUUGCACAGUCCCCAGCGGAUUACAUUAAAGGAUCACUAUAGUGCCCUGAGGGUGCCCCCACCGUCAGGGUCCCCCUCCCGCCGGGCUCUGGGGAGAGGAAAGGGGUUAAACUUACCUUUACUCCAGCGCUGGGCGGGGAGCUCUCCUCUCCGUCUCCGAUCCUCCUCUUCGGCUGAAUGCGCAUGCGCGGCAGGAGCUGCGCGUGCAUUCAGCCGGUCUCAUAGGAGAGAAGCAUGCAAGCGCCUCUAGCAGCUGUCGAUGAGACAGCCACUAGAGGCUUUGGAGGCUGGAUUAACCCAUUUAUAAACAUAGCAGUUUCUCUGAAACUGCUAUGCUUAUAAAAAAAAAAGAUUAAUCCUAGAGGGACCUGGCACCCAGACGAUUUAAUUAAGCUGAAGUGGUCUGGGUGCCUAGAGUGGUCCUUUAACAUUUUUCUUUUUAAUGCUCUGUCUCGGAUGUUGUUUUAGAUGGUGUAUAAAUGUUUGUGGGUUUGUUUUUCUUGUUUAAAGUUUCAGAAAUGUUGUAUAUUUCCUCCAGCCAGAUCGUACCAGUCUUCAAGCUGCAUCUAUUUAACAAUGUAUUAUUUAUUGUGCAUAUCUGUGUAUACAGAGUAUACUGUAUACCAUGUGCGUGUAUUUGUGUAUGAUGUAGAGUCAGAGGUAACAUUCUAUUGAGUUCCAUGGCAGUUACUCUGACUUUAGAACUUUGCCUCAUUGCAGUGUUUCCAGUCUGGCUCAGUCCUCGGGAGCCAUUAUACCGUCCCAGGAUCAAGGGUCUCUUGAGGGAUACGAUCCGUUGGAGAUUUGCCUUGUUUCCAGCCUGGCUCAGUCCUCGGGAGCCAUUAUACCGUCCCAGGAUCAGGGGUCUCUCGAUGGAUCCGAUCCGUGGGAGAUUUGACACGCUAUAGCAUAGCGUGUGAAUGUAUUGCUCUACAUUUGGCAAACUCCUAUUCCUUGAGGUGAAUCUGGAUUUGUCAUGCUUUCUAUACGCGUUCGUGUUGUGGAUUUGGCUCCAGUCUCCGAGUCUCACAUGACACAGCGCAAUGUUCCUGGACGGAGUUUGCUGUCUUUGUUAUUCUAAGAAGCCGUGCCUCGAGUCUCCGUUUAAUGUUAACGUUAUCCUGCAGCGCGGGGCUGUAUGUGUCUGGCCUGGAAUGUUGAAAGCUGGGCAAUCUUGGGAGAAAAUCUCUCUCAUGGUUAUACUGUCACUGACGAUAUGGAGUUAAUAUCUGGCGUGUUACUACUAGCCGGGCUGGCCACCGUACACACAGGCCUGGUAUGAACUGUCACAAUGCUUGGAAUGAAAAACAAGGCCUGUACCCGGACUGCGGGAACAUCUGUACAGAAUAUAGUGAGGGCAAUAUUCUAAGGGCUGGCCGGCACUUAUUGCUGUUUGCUGCUGUUUUCAAACUGUGUGGAGAAUGAUGAAUGGGACACUUUGCUGAUAAGAGACAGUGGCCGGUCUAUGCAUCUGACCUCUGUGGUCAGAAGGAGAGGUGAAGAGGUCUCUCUGUGUUACCAGUUCUAAUAUAUCUCCUAUUGUUCCAGGUCUGUGACCAGCGACACUGUCUGACUGUUCUAAGACAGCAGGAGGGGAAUGAUUUCCCUAAAAUGUGUCACCAUUACUAUGUAUGACGGCAAUCGUGAAGUUGGAUUUCAUUUAUUGAUUUCUUGAUAUCACUUCAUACCUUUCUCUAGCUCCCUGACUAUAAAAUGUUUGUUCAGUGAAUACGAACUACAGAUAUAGGACCUGGAUUCCUGUAGGCGCCUUUUAAUUAUUAUUAUUAUUAUUAUUAUUUUAUUAUUUAUAUAGCGCCAACAAAUUCUGUAGCGCUGUACAAUAAUAAAUCAGAAUAUUUCAUUUUAAGAGGCAAAUGGCAGUGGCGGCUAUUUAAGUUGUUAAUGGGCCAGUGACUAUCCCUCGCUUGAAUAAAGUAACAUUGUAUUUGCUUAUUUACGGUUUAUAGUAUGUGAUAGCUGGCUGCUCACUGGAUUCUGUUGAUAAAUGAAUUAUACAGGUCUAAGUGGUGUCUUUUCAAAUAUACACAGAGCCAUUGCAAUUUUAUAAGAAAAUAGACCCCAAUACACAUUUUAUGUCAUGCCCUACACGGACCUAACCGCCUGGCUAUAAUUAACCCCACUGAAAGACAUGGGACAGAUACCUGGGUCCUGACUUUCCUUUAAUUAUGUGUAAAAAAGGCUAAUUUGUGCAUUGAACUAUUUACUCAGUCAUAUUUAUCUUCCUGCCACAGGCCCCUCCCCCGUGGAACUGACCAUGCUCUUUUAUUUCAGAUAUGGAAUGUGCGGACGUUCCCCUUCUAACGCCAAGCAGUAAGGAGAUGAUGUCACAGGCGUUACGAGCCACCUUUAGUGGGUUUGCCAAAGAACAGCAGCGUCUGGGAAUACCCAUAGGUGAGGAAUUUGUUAAUGAACGAUUGUUUUAUCCAUUAUAAUCAUAUAUUCCACAUAAAUACCGAAUAUACUGUGCUGAUUCCUACCAGGUAUGUUUUUGACUUUGACAAAUUAUAAAUGUUUGUUUUUAUCAAGCUUUGAUAUAAGGAUUUCAUAAUGACAUAUAUUCACAGGAGCGUACUGACUGCUGAUUAACCCUAGCUUAUCCUGAAAUCAGUUAAACACACUCCUCUUUUAAGUGUACAGCACCCCUCUUGUGCUCCCCUCCUUUUAAUAUGCACCCCUCUUGUUGUUCUCCCACGCAGACCCCCGGGAGUGGACGGAUGCCAAUGUAAGAGACUGGGUGUCUUGGGCUGUUAAUGAAUUCACUUUGAAAGGAGUGGACUUCCAGAAGUUUCGGAUGAACGGAGCCGCAUUGUGUGCCCUUGGCAAGGAGUGCUUCCUUGAACUCGCCCCAGAUUUCGUUGGAGACAUCUUAUGGGAGCACUUAGAGAUCCUGCAAAAAGGUAGAGUAACAGUCUUCAUCCAUAAUAUAUAAUGAGGGCGCUGUAUAAUAUCAAUUCCGGGGAAACGUUCUACAUUUGUCUCAGACAGCAGGAACAUUUCAUUGGUUUCCAUGGAGACUGCUCCACUUUUAGCAAUUUGCUCCACAAUGACUCCUUAUGCUGACUUCCAAGGGCUAUGCUAUUAAAAGCAUGGCUACAACCUUGGUGGUUACUGUAGCCAGUUGCACUUUUUAUAUGUUAUGUGCAGUAAGCAUGCGCAUGUAUAGGUCCACCUACUGCGCCAACUGCGUGCAAGAUUAAAAGAAAACUAGAUCUGUUUUCAAGCAACGGAAAUUGGCCCCACGAUCGGCUGUUUUCACAUUUAAUAUGAGGUUAGAAGUGCUAAGAACUGCUCUGCUGCCUGUAUCCCUUAUCCAAGGCGUGAGAUCUGUUAUUCCGCACUUGAUAUUUAGUUUUUCUGCAAACUCCUACGUUUUGUAGCUCUUGUCCAAGCAUUGGCAAUGAUACCACAAUCACACCAUGCCAGGACCAUUUAUACAGACGAUUGUUAGAAGAAAUUUGUUCUUGUGUAAGAGGAGCCACAAAUUGCCAUUUAACACUAUAAUUUCAUUUCACGAUAUUCUGCUGGAAAAUCCAGAUGUCUCAGAAAAGCGCAAAAUCCCUCAAACUCAGUGUUUAGUCUAAAUCCAGAAAUUGCGGAGUACCAUGUAAAAUGAAUCUGCAUUGUUACCUUGCGUGAGUUUAACCAUUAAUUAGCGCGUUAUGAGUAAAACCUGCUUGUUUGCUUCUGUAAAUACACAAUAUUUUAAUUAUUUUCCUUUUUUAUUCUUUCUCUCUCUGUCUGCUCUUUUGUUGCCACCCUGUGCCUCUCAAUUCUCCACAGAAGACUCAAAAUCAUAUCAAACAAGUGAGCUGCCCCCAGUGUACCCUGAACCCCGGUAUACCUCAGACUACUUUAUCAGUAAGUAUCUGUCAUCUUGUUUGCGGUCAUCGUUAGAAACAUGUGAAAACCCGCAGACUUGCUGUGUUUGUUUUUAUAUGUUUAUUCCAAACAUCCUCCCACUUUGCACAAAUUCUAUCACUUUUUGCCCAGAGAAAUGUGCAAUUUCCAAAAAGCUCCCAUAACUCUGGGGGUUAAACGUUAUGGGAGUUUUGCAUCCCUGUAAUUAAUACAGUGGUAGACACAAAAAAUAUAUAUUUUUUUAAAUAACAAACUUAAAAAACUUGUUAGAGAUGAAAAAAGCAACUGAAUCCCUGUUUAUGAGUCUGCGAUGGCUGCGGCACAAUCCGCUUUCUUAUGUGGAAGAGAGCUGGUGUGUAAAAUCACAGUGACACAGUCUGUACUGUGGACAAUGCCACUAGUCAUCGCUGUGAGAGUGCCAGCUAUUGCGCCACAGCAAAGAAAACUGUCAGCCAGUCAGUGGGCGUCAUUGUGGGCAAUUUGUCUAGAAAUGGAACCAUGCCAGUUAACGGAGCAUGUUAACAUUUAAUCCUGCUGGGUACAGUAACGUGGAACGGAUUCUUCAAAACGCAGAUUCACGCUUUGACAUUAUGAGGGAUUUUGGGGGAUUAUUGCCAUGAAAUGAAUAUUGUUUGCAUUUAUGAAUAUUCUCGCACUAAUUAUUCUUUUGAGUCCCUGUGGUUUACUCACUACAUGCUCAGUUGUAGAAAUGUUAAAUCUGAAAGUCCAAUUUCAGGCUAAAGCUGGGGCUAGAACUGUUUGGAUUUCAAUUUUCUACAAUUUCCAUUUCUUUAUAUACUACUAUUUGCCACAAUAGGCCGGAUACCAUGUUUGCAAAGUGGGCUGUGGGAUGGCAGUCUAGCGAGUAACACGAAUGUAACAUUGUGCUCAUUACUUGCUGCGAGGGUUAAUUUCUAUAGAAAAUAAAUUCUGAUUGUAUUUCCUUGCUUUUUUUUCCUCAUGUGAUUUGGUGUCCGUUAAUCUCAUUGAAUGUGUCUCUUUUUUCCAAGCCUUGAUUGCUGUAUCUUUCUAUCUGAUCAGAGUCACUUAGUGGUUUCUUUGAAGCUGUCGUGAAAUAAUGUCAUUUCAUAUUAACCAAUUAUAUUGGGAUAAUUUUGCAACACACACAUUUCCAUCCUUUGUAAGAAUUGUUCACUUAUUUUUGGAAAUCAUUUUCUUGGGCCCCGUACUUGGGAGCUAGUGAGUAAGGUAAUGUUGUAAGACAGACAGGGAUAUUUACUAAAGUGAGAAUUGAGAGUGAACUCGGAGAAUAUUUCCAGUUCGGCUGUUUUGACCUUAAAGGGUUACUCCAAGCAUCAUAACCAUUAAAGUCCGCUAGGGUGGUUGUGGAAUAGGAUCAUGGUUUACGGUUCUCCAUUGAUGACUUGACAAAGAAACAUUUGUAUCGAAACAUUGCCUUUUUACAUGUGUUGGUGUGAUAAACAUGACACCUUACCGUAGUGUGCUAAGGAUCGUUUAUUGAAUUUCUGUAGUGGUUAUGAUGCCAGGAUAAUCCUGGCUGCUUCCCUGGUAAUGGGGCAAAAUGCUUAGGUCUCCACAGGGCUCUGAUGGUCCUUGCCUUGGCGGUCCUGGUUUGAACUUGGAUUUGACAGAAUUGACGUUAGCUGGCGUUGGGUGGCUGAUGGACUAACACUUUAAAUUUAGAAUUCACUUUGAGAUCCUGACUAUUCACUGUGAUGACAGUUUACAUUGUGAAGUGUUUUUAAGGUGCGUCUAAUGUGCCUCUCUGUUUCAGGUUACGGCAUUGAACAUGCUCAAUGUGUGCCCCCCUCCGAAUUCUCCGAACCCAGCUUCAUCACUGAGUCAUAUCAAACUCUGCAUCCCAUCAGCUCAGAAGAACUCUUGUCUUUGAAAUAUGAGACAGAGUAUUCUUCUUCUCUCUUGCGUGACCCUCUGCAGCCUGAUUCGCUACAGGGCGAGUAUUUUACCAUCAAGCAGGAGGUUGUAUCUCCUGACAACAUGUGCGUAGGACGUAUCAGCAGAGGUAUGUAUAUAAAUAUGUUUAAUUGUCUGUGUAUGGCCAUCUGACUGACAUGCAUGCUUUAAUGUUAUUUCAUCGCUCACUCUGUACUAAACAAGAGGAGGUCGAGCUACUCUAUUAUCUUAAAUAAAAUGUAAUGUUUAUCUGUAAGAAGUUCAGACAAUAAAACAGAAAUCAGAUCAGUGCUAAAAAAAAUCUUAAUUCUAUGCAAUAGGUUAGUGUGACCCCAAAGGAACAUCACAAAUCCCCCUGAAUUUCUUUGUAUUUAUUUCAUUUCUCUCCCAUUUCCUGUGCUUGCAUCGCACAGUAUGAUUAGUCUUGUAUUUCUUAUAAGAGUCAUUUAAAUAAAGGUAUCGCUGGCACUUUAAUACUAAGGAAAGUUCAGCUUAUAGUAAGAGGGACACUUAUUCAGAAUGUGUGCAAACAUAGGCAGCCAUUGUUCCAGAGGGAUUUUAUAAAGCGUGGGGAGAUAAAUUGACUUGCCUCAGGUCAGGAGUAGAGUUGCGAUCCACAUCAAAGGCAGGCAGACUGCACCAUGCUGUAUAACACACUGUGAUUAGCCCAAGGUGUCUGGUGGCUGGAAUCCAUUAAACUGGACUGGAGGGGGGCAAUCAUUCACAUGGGGAAUUUAUUUUGAAAUACAUUCACUAAACAGUGUGGUCUUUAAUCUAUUUCUUUAGUAGCCUUGAGCAUUUAGAUAGGAUUUUGAAUUGCCCUCCAGCAAUGUCAGAUCAAUAUAUUUUAUCAAUAAUUAUUCAUUUAAACGGUACAUAGUAAAAUAUACAAAUUCUGCGAUAUUGUCAUUCGAAUUGUUAGGCCGUGUUUGUUUGUUUCUUUGUGUUCGGUGCAUCUUGUUCUUUCCAGGGUUAGUAAUUUGCUGCUGUGCAGAGAUUUUUAUCUUGUUUUUAACUUUGCUCUGAAUUCUUGCUUUCUAUAGAAUGUGACGGCAGAUAAGAACCAUUCAGCCCAUCCAGUCUGCCCAAUUUUCUAAAUACUUUUAUUAGUCCCUAGCCUUAUCUUAUAGUUAGGAUAGCCUUAUGCCUAUCCUACGCAUGCUUAAACUCUUUUACUGUGUUAACCUUCUAUGGGGUCAGUAAACUGUGUGAGAGCAGACGCAGCAGUUCCCAGCAUUCAUAGUGGAAUGUCUGUUCUCAAACUGGGGUACUGCUGUAUUGUUUGUCCAUUUAAAAGCCAUGUAUCUUAAAGUGAAGUGUUGAUUUCUCUUUUAAAUAGUAUUUUCUGGUCUGUUUGCCUGCUAGUUAAUCAAGAGCAAUGUUUGCACUCUCUACACCAGAUAAUACUUGAAUAGUCAGCACAAUAGGAGAGAUUAGAGUAGUAAACAGACACAGUGUGUACAGAAACACUCCUGGACAGUCAAUAACUCACCAUUGUAUACAAACUGACUGCCCUUACCCAAUGGCACAUGUAUUUCAGGUUAAUACAGCAGCUGUAAUGCAAUCACCAUGUCCCUUUAAAUUGUGUUUCUAUGUGUCGUUUGUCAGCAUCAUUGCUUAGAACAAGGCAGUGGAUAGAUCAUGCUUCCUAUGAUAUUAGGUUUAUCCUAGUGGUAAAGAAAUUCUCACAUUUACCUGAUUUAAAUACUCCACCAUUUAUGUAUACAGGCACUGAUUUCUGUGUGAAAGGUUAGUGUCAUUGUGCAAAGCAGAAUAUAUUUCUUAUUAUUUGGUAGCAGAGAAGGGUGCAAAUGUGAGCCUUGCUCAGAGCGUUAACUGUUACAAAGAAAAUAGUUACAACGUUUGCCAAUUUCCAAGAAAUGUAGGUCACCCAUUUUGCGCUCAGAGGUUCUAGGUUUGGGGAAAUGUUAGUUAUUUAGGUUAAUAUCAUGGUGUCCGCUCUUUGAUUAUCAGACGGUUCCUGCAUUUAACGACCUAUAUUUGCAAAAACAUUUUCAAAUUAGAGAAACCGAGAUCAACACCUUUUAUUUUUUUAUGAAUUAAGUAGGUACAGUGUGUGGUUUUUGAAUGAGGCUGAAUUGUGAUAUUUAUACCAGUUUUACAUGGCUGCCCACCUUACAAUGUGUAGGUAUCAAUGCAAGUUUGUAGUCUGAUGGUCUUGUAUGUCCGUCAUACUGUGAACAUCUAGUCUGGGAGCUGAAUAAAAUGUUUAUUGUAUUGCAUGCACACCGUAAUGUAUCCAGGUACACUAACUCUGACUGUUUUCACUGGAUAGGCAAACUCGGUGGGCAAGAGUCGUUUGAAAGUAUUGAGAGCCAUGACAGCUGUGAUCGUCUCACACAAUCUUGGGGCAGCCAGUCGUCAUACAACAGCCUACAGCGUGUCCCAUCCUAUGACAGCUUCGACUCUGAGGAUUAUCCACCGGCAUUGCCCAGCCAUAAACCCAAAGGCACUUUCAAGGACUACGUCAGAGACAGGGCUGAGCUGAACAAAGACAAACCAGUAAUCCCGGCCGCUGCCCUCGCCGGUUACACAGGUACGGUUCUCCUCUGUCAAUACUACAAUACAAAAAGAGACAGCGGAUUCAGCUUAUUGUGGUAGAUGGAAAGUGGCAAGAAUUGUAUUUCAGUGAUCUUGAGACCCUCAUUUUAAAAUUCCCAAAUGGCAGUGGAGGGGUGCAGACUGGUUUCCUUUGUGUCUCUGUUUGUUGUUCAGUAAAUGCCCUCAACACCUACUCACCAAGCACAUAACCGAAUUAUCUUUCUCUUUCACUACUUGCAGUUUGUUAAAUUGGGUCAUGAUCUUGGGUCUGAUAACUUCACAAACUGUGCUUCGCUUUCCGGCUGCACUCCCUUUCACACCUUCUGUGUGACUCAGAUGAUAUCUUAAUGCUGUGACAGUAUCGACAAUUAACUGUCUUUGUAAAAUACACUUUUAUUAACAUGUUUACAAUGCAGAAUUUAACUCCUAACUCCAUGCAUUCCCUGAUACUUUAUUACACAUCAAUUUAUUAUUUAAUUCAUUUGUUAUCCAUGUGUGGACUGAUCCCACGGACAAAGUAUGACACUGGCUUCUGCAUAACGCGAUGGUGGAUUGAAAAUAUCUUAUUUACACAGACUGAUCUAAACAAAUUUAUUGUAGUUCAAAGACAUGUUACUGGGAGUAUUAUUGCUGUGGCGCUCUGUUAUACACUCAGACACACCAACAAUUUGGAGCUCCUGGAAAAGAGGGGCAUUAGGAGAAAAAAGAGGGACAGAGAGAUUAGGGCCCAGAAAGGGACUGUCCCUCCUAUGUAGGGACACCUGGGAUGUAUGCAUUUUACCUCUGCUAGCAUCAAUGUGUCCAUAGAUCAAUAAUUAGUGUACCCUUCUAACGUCAGGUCUAAAAGAGGAAAGACAAGAAAAAUGCGCCAGUUUUCAGGUGAUCUGAGUUGUGGUGUUUGGUGAUCUGGAUAGCUACUAGACGUGUGCUUACACUAACUAAGGAAACGUUUGGUUUAGACCAGCAUCGGGCCCAUAGAUUGAGGUUAAUGACCUAACUAUAGUUCUAUAUAUUCCUUGUAUUCUUGUGAUGUGAGUGAUGGCUAAGGCAGGAUUACUAGCCUAAUGAUGAUUACAUUGGAUCUCCGUUCCCUAAAAGCUGUCAGUUUUGUGAAUAACCCUAUCUAUCUCAGCUAAUGGGGUUCCAUAUGGAAGCAGCCCUCGCGGGUAAAUCCUUUUUUCCUAAACAGGUCUAAUGCAGACACACUAUAGAGUUUCGUGUAGUGCUAAGCCACAAAUAUGUAUACAACGGAGACGUAAAGAAUUCUCCAGACCCCAAACAUGGUGCAGGCAUCAUCCUUAUUGGCCAACGCAGGGAAUUACUGUCCAUUCACGUUCUCACGCAUCGCAUUCCUCUGACAGAGACAUGGCGUCCUGUGUAAAUUAACCAUUCCCACCAUCCUCUGCGGUAGUGAAACACAUAUUGCUCAUCAUUGCAAACGUAUUGAUGAGGAAUUCCCUGUUUUACCAAAUUUCCAUGAAUAGAACAGAGUUCCCAUUGAAGUCAAAUUUCCACAUUUCUUGGAAGUGGCUGUAAUGUCAGAAAUAUUUGGUUAAUGGAAAUAUAAAAAAAUAAAUAAGUCUCACGAAUGCAUAAUAUCUAUUUUACGUGCUGUAUUCAAUAAUACCAUUGUGUUGUAUGUAGGAUCUGUUGUAUCUGAAAUGUAACAGAUCCCCUUUAAUUGUCACAAUCAGGCUGCCGUCAUAAUUUAUAAUGACAUACUGUACUGCCUGUUCAUAGUAUGUCUCUGGCCAUUUAAAGAGAAUGGUGGGAUUUUCAGAGGCUAAAUGUAGAGCAGUGGGGGUGGACAUGUUGGGGUGAUGAACGGUUUAAUAGAUAUCAGGAAAACUAUGUUCCUUUUUAGAUGGAGAAUUUUGUUUUUUUCCUGGGAAUUUUCUUGUCCCUAUGCCCUGCUGUCAAUGCGGUCAUAGUUGUGGGAUGAUAAAUAAAGCAAAAAGUGUGCAUGGUUCACAAAGUCUCUCGGCUUCACUGGGUUUAAAGUGAUGUAUUUAUUGCAAGACUCAAGAAUCGUUCUAUAGGGGGAUGUCCUCCGUUCUCUGACUGUAGACUGAGGUCUUGUCUGUUCCUCAUUUGUUUGCCGCCUGGAAUAUGAUUUUCACGCAGGACAUUACCAGUCCGAGGUCAGCGCCGAACACUGCAUUAACAAUUGAUGGAAAAAUAUAAAAAGGUUCAUUAUUUUGCGAGAGACCAGACCUUGUCCUAAAAAAGGGAAUAGACAGACCUCCAGGGACAGAACAGGGUGCUGUCUCUUUGUGUCGAUAUUUUUAGUUGCAGGGUUCCCUUGACCCCCUCCCUUACUCCAAGGGCCUGAAUGAAGAGAGAUUUUUUUCCAGUGAAGCUACCACAUUCCUGACAUGUGACAGACUUAAUAAGCCUCCUGCUGUGGCCGCCAUGACUGGCCAUCCACACACAGAGACCCCAUUGUACAUGACAGUAGCAUGUGAGUCUCAUUGACUGGGUUUAGUCUUUGAACCCAAUUAAGGGCAUGGGUCAUAGGGUUACUGUAGAAGACAGAAGCUCGCUUUUGUAAGCUAUUGCUGGACUUUGUAGAGCAUGCGGACAUGAAGAAUGCAUUGCCACACUGUAGAUAGCGCCAUCACGCGUUUAAAGGACGUUUUAAAGGCGAAUGUCGCUUGGCCAUGGUGUUUUCUAAAUGGGAGGUAUCUGUGCACUUAUGCACAAUACACUUAUUACUGUGGCACACACAGUAAUGUAUAUUCAGGGUAUAUUUUCAUAGAAGUAUUAUUUCCUCUUACUUUUAUCAGUGCGCAUUAACUUUUAUAUUUAGUAACUCACGGGAACCAGUGUGAUAAUGUUUACAAUAAAGUAACGGUCUUCCUUUUACUGUAAAUAGCACAGCUUAUGAAAUAUUAACUAUUUCCUUUCCUUGCAGGAACUGGACCCAUUCAGCUCUGGCAGUUCCUUCUCGAAUUAUUAACAGACAAAUCGUGUCAGUCUUUUAUCAGUUGGACGGGAGAUGGCUGGGAGUUUAAACUGUCAGACCCUGAUGAGGUACGUACAGGGACAAUUCAUUUCCACCCAGUGGGAUGUUAAUUCUAAAAUACAAUGGCAUCAAUUGCCUAAAAAUUGGUCAAAUUUGGCAAUAUGCAAAUUUCAUGGAUUAGUAUAACCAUUUUAAGAGAUGCAUCAUGUUUCCAAUUACUUUAAAUUGUUCUGAUAAAUCCAUGUUUCAGCUUGUUUCUGAGUGACUGUACAGUGACUGAACACUUUGUAUUUAAUACGCAGAAAUAGAACGUCUUCAAGAAACGCUAGUCUGAUGUGUGCCGUAGAUGGCUCAGCACUUAUUAUUUAUUGUAUACUAUAUCAGAUUUGACAAGUAUUGUAAACAGUACUAAGAAAUAUUUAACAGAUAAAAACAAAAAAACAAACGUAUGUUAAUUGUGAAUUAUCGCUAUACUUUGUAGGUGACAGGACCCUCGUUUACUGCUUCGGAUGUAAAAAAACAAACAAGUAAUGAUUUAUUUGUCUUCUUGUUUUAACAGGUUGCGAGGCGCUGGGGAAAGAGAAAAAACAAGCCUAAAAUGAACUACGAGAAGCUGAGUCGUGGGCUGCGCUAUUACUACGACAAGAACAUCAUACAUAAAACAGCAGGAAAACGAUAUGUCUACCGUUUUGUUUGUGAUUUGCAAAGCCUGCUGGGGUAUGUGCCUGAAGAGCUUCACGCCAUGCUCGACGUUAAGCCAGACACGGAUGAGUAGGAAGAUGUUUGUCGUUUAAAAACUGAAAAACCAUAGACCCAAGCGCCUUUAUCUGCGCCUUUUUCUCAGCCAUUAAGGCAGAUGCAAAGGAUUCUGGGAAAAACAUACAAAAACCGUGAAGGCAGGCAGCCGACCUGGAUGAGACUUAGGAAAAACGGUUACUCUGCUGUGUCGUCAGGGAAUAGUCCGGGUCUUGUCUCGCCCACUUUAUACAUGGAACAGGAUCGUGAGCAACUUGCUUAUUUUAAAAGCCAUAUUAGUUCCAAAUGUUGUGCCAGUAUUUCCUAUAUUUUUAUUAAUUAGCGCAGUUUUCCUGUUCUUUGUUUCAUGCCUCCCCGUUUUACGUCAGCAGUUUAAACCGUCAGAAUGGACGCAGGAAGCAGGAGGAGUCUUUAAAGCCCUUGGCUAUUUUGUUAAAAAAAUCAACAUUACAGUUUCAAACCAUUGUCUGAACUCUCCUCUGCAAACUGGGUUUCAAAGGAUAUUUUACACCAGAAUGGAGAAACUGUAGCGUGUGGGGCAGACAAGGUGAUCCAGAUACUUUUUGGCCAUAUUCCUGCAGCGUUUGGAAGACGUGAGGAAUUUCUCUCAGGACCAAUCAGAGUCCUCACCCAUGCUGAGAACGACUUCCGUGUGGACAUACACUUUUCUUUUUUAUUUUUGAAUUUACGUUUUGCUGAGCCACACCCCAUAUGAUCAUAUUUACAUUAUGUACACAGUGCUGAGCAUUCCCAGAUUGUAUUUUUACAGAGAAAAAAAAGUAUAAGUGUAUAUAUUUUAUAAGAAACUUUUUUUUUUUUUUAUUAGAAGGAUGUACAGUUAUAUUAUGAAUAGCGUGCGUUAGCUUUUUUAUACCAGUGCCAAAAGGCAUGACCGACCUACUUCCCCCCCGGACGUCACGCUGGCACAGGUACCAAGCUUGGUAUUCUUAAAGCUUUUGCAAUUUCAUAGGGAAUUAAAUUAAACUCUGCAUUAUUUCGUUAUCACACAGACCAAAGGAUGCCUUAACCCAAUUUCCAUUAUUCGAACUCUUCCGUUACCGGACAGUGAACUGGCCAGAAUGAGUUAUUGCUCACCUCGCUAGCAUUCUGCCUGACAUUUCAAAUGCUCAAAGAGAGUAUAAUGUGUGUGGUUUUACAUGGGACCAGAAUUAUUUUGUAAAGGUUUAGUGAUAAUCUUCUGCAACCUAUUUAACAUCUGAGGGGAAAAAAGUUAUUUAAUGGUUACAAAUCCAAUUCCAAAUACGUUAUUACAUGUUAAAGACACAUUGCGUUGAGUUUUAUUGUUGUGGAGCUCUGUUAAAAACUUAUACACAAUGUACAUUCCUGUCAUUUUUAUUGCUGUGGAGCUCUGUGAUACACUCACACACUGUACAUUACUGUGAGUUGUAUUGCUAUAGAGCUCUGUGAUACUCACAAACUGUACAUUACUGUGAGUUGCAUUGCUGUAGAGCUCUGUGACACACUCACUGUGAGUUGUAUUGCUGUAGAGCUCUGUGAUACACUCACACACUGUACAUUACUGUGAGUUGUAUUGCUAGAGAGCUCUGUGACACACUCACUGUGAGUUGUAUUGCUGUAGAGCUCUGUGAUAGACUCACACACACUGUACAUUGCUGUGAGUUGUACUGCUGUGGAGCUUAAAUCCUCUUCUCCUACUUACAGCAAAAUACCAAAAUGCUUAGUUACCAUGUAAACAUGACAAUAAAGUAUUCUGCUUAGUACGUUGUUUAUAUAGAGCAGCAGGCAUUUGAUUUGGUCUGAAAAUGCUAUUUUGAAAAAUGUGUUCCUUCCUCUGAGAGCUGCUGGCUCUCACAGAGCUUUGGGGUGCGACAUUGAAGCUAUCACAUUCCCAUAUCUAUCUGGGGAGAAAGGGGGACAAUUUGGGCAGAGAAUAGUCUGUUGUGUAUAUUCCAGGGGUUUGCUACUUUAUCCUUUUCCAAAUGGAAGGUUUAGUUUUGUGCUACUGAAAAUAUAAUUUAAAAAAAUGACAAAGGUUUAUGGGAGGAUGCAUUCUCUUGCUAAUGUAUAGUUUAUUUCCCCCUCCCCUUCCAUUAAGACGUUAAGGGUAAUAUUUAAAGAACCAGUCACUUGAACCAGAACUUGUACUGUGACUGUUUUCUUAUUUGACUUAUUUUGUGCAUGGAUAGCUACAUGCAUGAAAUAGGCUGAAUGCAGACAAACUACGCGUUAUGCUGAGUGCAGUAAGCGUGAGCUCUGUGGACAAACAUUCCAUUACUCUCCACCCGCUACACGGUACCUUAAAACACGCUGUAAACUAGGAGACAGAAUUCUUCCUCUGUUAUGUCUCCUCUAGACAUACAAAGAAGAACAGUAAUGCAUUAGUUGAGUCAAAAACGUAUUGUCCAUCCAUCAAUGUGCAAGUCAGUCCGUGGCAUUUAAAUGAGGAACUGUAUUAAAUAUUAAUUGUCUUCUCUCCCCCACUGGUGGUGAAUCAUUCCAGCCAGUGCUUAACGCUAGGAGUACCAGAUAAGAGUUUAUUAUACAUAAGAUUGGGUUUACUGAGAAGUUGAAAUAUUUUUCGAUCGAAAUGUUGGAUGUUUGUUUAAUCUAGAGUUUGCAUAACGAGAAUUAUUACAUUUUAGCAAUUUGAUCAGCUGUCCGUUUGCUCUCUGUCACACGUAACGAACAUGUAAUAAUAAGUGUCAAUAUUUAUUGUGUUGACACUCUAUCACGGAAUGGUGCAGGUAUUGGAGGUAAUCCAAUAAUAAUGAGUGUCGCAGAGCAUUCACCGAGGGACCUAUCAUCUAAACCCUAGACAAUCAAUGUGCAAAACUUCAACCAAAAUAGGGAAAGAUUAGGAACAUUCCCCCCCCCCCCAGAUCUGCAUUUUGUCGUGGCUAUUUUUUUAAAUUAAACUUUGUCAUUUAAUAGCCAUCACACAUAUUUUACUGUGAACAUAGCUUGUCUUUGCAGGAUGAUGCUUGUUUUAGUCUGUGGUUAAUGAAAAUUUGCACCUUCAUUGUUAAUGAAAAAUACAAUAUUUAAAGGGACAUUCCAAACACCAUAACCACAACACAAUGUGUCAGAUUGACGUUAAUGAUGAUUCUGUUCAGUCCAAUCUUACUCUCCCACACAAGUAUUUUGAACACACAAUAAAGAAGGUGAUUAUUCUUCAUGUAACGUCCCAAGGUCACAAAAGUAGGCUGUGGGUUCUAGGCGCCACAUAAAAAUAAGGUCUGUCUCCAAAUAAUAAAAAUAAAAGAGGGAUUGCUUCCACAGUGUCCUAUGGUAGUAAACUGUUCAUUAAGCUGCAGUGGUUGUGGUGGGUAGAGUGAUUGAAAACAUUUCUUAUCACUCUACCAAAAAAAUAAAAUAACUUGCAAAAAUGAGUCUGUCAGGUGACAAUCUGAUUGGCUAAAAUGUGAGAGAUGACCCCUAAAUGCUAAGACAAGCAACAUCGCUGCACCUCGUGUCUGUUUCCUAAAAAUGUUUAAAUUGUUUGAUAUUAUGAAAGAAUAAAAACGUUUUUCCAAUGUGCCUUAGUAUAAAGAUACUGAAUGGCAAAAGUGCGGUGGGUGCUAUCGCUCUGUUACUUAUCAGUGAUCUGUCUACAUUGUAUUUAUAACAAAUGACCUGCAUCUAAAAUGAAUCUCAAAGAAGACCACACCUGCGAUCAACUGUAAAAGUGGCCACGUCUUUUCUUGCUCAGCCACUAAUGGUCUGGAAGAAAUUUCCGUACCACUUACUUUGCUCCCGUUUAAAUAUGGAAACUAUCCUCCUGUUUAUUAUUUUGUUUUUGCAGAAUCUGGUCUUCGAUUAGCGAUAUGUCGUGGUGCUGCCUUUCGAAAACAUUCCAAAGAGAUUUAUUAGCUAAUAAAAAAAACUUUAAAAACUUAUAUGAAUUAAUUAAUUGUAUGCACUCCAAGAAUAUAGUUUAUAUUUCUAUGCAUCAAAGUUUUUGUUUUUAAAUGAUUUCUGAUAUUGUUACAACCCUCAAUGUUUGUUUUCUCUUUAUUUUUUUUAAAUAAUUUAUAAGGAAGAUACACAGGAUCUCUUUUCACAGGUAGCUGACUGGUGUAGCAAUUUCAUAAGUACUGUUUGUCGGAGUUUUUUUUUUUGCUAGUUGUUUUUUGUUUGUUUUUUUACUAUGGCUAAAGAAGAUCAGGAUACAAACAUGUCCGUGUUUGCGUAGUAGCUCUUUGCGCCGUUGUGCAUGCGCUGCUAAGUUGGCAUGGUCUUGUAAUUGUUAUUUUUUUCCCCUGUGGUUGACUGAUGCAGGAACAUCAUCUAUGAUAAAUAUUUUUAUACGUGUGUAUAUGUGAAUAUAUAUUCAGCGUUUUCAUUUGUUACUGUGUUUUAAAUCUUUUAAGAUUAAAUGAAGCAUUUAUACAAAAGAA